UUGUAAAAGUAAUAAUUGUUUCUCAUUUCCUCUUUUACAGCUGGACUCAGAUCUAGUUUUUGAUAAUUUAGAAGAUCCUAAGACCUUUAGUCAAGACAAUAGUCAUAGUGUAGUUAGAAGAAAUGCGAACAGAAUAGAUUCUAGUCAAGAAAGCGAAGACGACGGAUGGUUUUCAAGUGCCUUCAGACGAGUAAAACGGGGUUGGUUUGAUGAUUGGAUAUCAACUACCACAGAAAAAUCGGAUGUUGAUUCUACAGAUGUCACCACUGGCGAUCAGGUCAUAGAAUCCACCGAUGCUGCUGAAUUUGCAAACAAUGUAAGAAAUCAAACUAAAUCACCUACAGAAGCCCAGUUCAUAACCGACGAUGAAGAUUUGGAUGUAACAUCAGGAGAAGGUUCGGCGGUUCCACCUGCUUUUCAUCCAGGUGGUGAAAAGCCGCCACAAUCGGGAGAUAAACCUGUAUAUUACAGAGUGGCCUUAACUGUCUUCGAGCCCUUUAGGGAAGAAUUCAGAGACCACAGAGGAAGCUUGUAUACAACUCUUUCUGAUGAAAUAGCUCGAGCAAUAAACGAUGUUUACCGGGAUGUACCUGGUGAACAAAUGGCUCAAGGGGUUGUUAAUAUUGAACCACGACCAGCCGAUUCAUUUUCAAGCAAACUGUUUGUGGAUAUUGCCUCAGUGGGAAAUAAUGAUCACAAUGCAGUUAAAAACCAUUUAUACGACUACAUACAAAACUACCACAAACUUGGAAAUUACAGGGUGUCUACCGAUGACUUCAGCUUCAGACAGUUCGAAGGUAAGACUGCUCAUUUCGAAGAAGUAAAACAUCUAUACGGACGCUAUAGUAUACGAAAUCCUGUAUAUUAUGAAAAGGAUAUGCUGUUUUCAGUGUUUCAUUUGAUCGAGUUAUUUGUAAAAUAG